AGUGAUACAGCAUGUGAAUCUUCGGUAGUUAGCGUGGGCUGGAGCCAUUCCUCGUGUUUUCAAUUCCUUUCGAUGUUGGUUUGCUAGAGCUUCAUGCGAUGGGUCAAGCACUUGUUCACUCCAGAGUUCUAUGAUUUCGUCUGAUCCUCGAUGAGCAAUAGGGGCUUUAACCCUCGAUUUCCUGCAAUGUUUUAGAACUAUCAAUUAAGUAUCCUAAUUGUUUGUAUCGAAGACUUCAAUGCCGUGCGAUGCAUGGAAACACUCGCUGCGUAAUCAUUAUUAUUAUGUAUGUACAUGUAGAUUAUUUCAUCUGAAGAUAGAUACACGGAUGAUGUAGGACUCGGCUCCACGACUGAUUUUGAUCUUUCUCUUAUUUCUUCUGGUCGUGAUAGAUUUCUUUUCAUAAACAGUGCAUAAGACAGUACAGCUGGAUCCUAUUUUAUCAAAACAAUGUAUUUUUUUGCAUUUUUAUACCUUUCUCCCGUUUCGCUCAAGUAGUGCAUAUGAUAUUCUUAAACGUUCUUGUAGUCUGGUAAUGGAAGCGAUUUAAGUAUCAAGAACAUGAUGCUUGUGUCUGCCCUAGCCGUGUUGUCAUUGUUUGUAUCGGUGACGCAUGCCCGGGUUCUGGCACUCCCGCGCGAGUCCCGACCCACCGUUCCGAGAAAGAGGGUCGAUAGCAGCCACUCCUCAGGAAGCGGUAGAGUUGCGUCCGCAGCUUGUAGCUCGUCCGCAGCACCAGGUGUGGGAGUCCGCGGCUUACUUCCGUCCGCGUUCGGGUUCUCGAGGGUGGAAGAAAACAUUCGGAAGACGCUGUUUGUGCACCUAGUUUGGUUGUUGCAAUCGCCAGAGUUUGGUCGGUGGCGGGACGACCUGGCCGUAGAAGUCGUCGGGAGCUCGGCUCGAGGGGAGGCGGCGCUUUGGCCGGGAGCGGCGCUCGAUGUACGGCUGUCGGGACGUGGUCUCGCAGGGCUUGCGGAUAAAAAAGAUCAAGGAGCUGCAGCGCUAGACUAUGGUGUAAAGGACUACAUAAUGAGACCUUUAGCUUCAAUCACAAAUAUUAGGCAUGAGUGCCACAAUAGGGGAUAUUUCGAAGUACUCGCACGAGACGAAUAAUGGCGCCUGAAUGUUUAACCGUUAAACGACUAAAAGUAUCUACAAUAUUGGAGCUGCGCUUGGUAAAAAACGAGACGGAUUAACGUGAGCUCUGCGUCUUGUUCUAAUCAGAAGUACGUCCUCCGCCGAUCUUUAGCUCUGCGCCUGCUAGGAGUGAUGGCACUGGCGGAACAACGGACGACCAUACGCCCGGGCGGCGUGCGCGGUCAGUCUCGUCCGAGUCCUGUGACAGAGCUGCUCCAGAGAGCCCUGCAAAAGGAGCUUCUCUGAUCUCAGCGUGCUCGGCGGAUGCAAACGUGGCGGCUGGUGUACAUGCAACCGACUUCGGAGAUGAUAGCUUGGCGGGGCAUCUCGUAUCCAUGUUGGAACGAGCAAGCCGCAAUGCAAUCGUUGCAAAGGCUAUGGCAGGGAAUCGCGUGGACAUUACUGCUCCGUCAUCAGUGGAUUCGUUUGGCGCCCUUUCCGAAGCUUUUGCACGCUUCUUGACGCAAAGUGCACUGGCACUGGAUCUGCGACCCGGUCGUGAUACUAGUGAUCAUCGAGACGGCACCAGCGCAGCCGGAGCAGGGGGGCGUGGCAACUUCGGAGCACGCGAGCAAGGAUACCAUAUGAACGCCCAACAGCCUCCUAGCAGAGGUGCUGCUGCUGCACGCGGUCGAAUGCCUGUUCAAGUCUUCGAGACGGAACAGGACCGAAGAGCAUGGCACUACUUGCGGAGCUCUAAAUCCUCAGACUUUGUGGAAGUGGUGGCAGAGUUUCAGGCUGAACCAAACAUGUGGCAAAGGCAGACAGCGUCCCACCGGACUUCAGGUAAGGGCGAGGUGUGGUCGAAGUUGUUCGGAG